CAUUUUUGAAGUUCAUUGUGUUCCUCAAUAACUUUUUCCAAGAUUUUUGCCUACUGAUCAGAUUUAUUUGAGAGGUCAGUCUGCACUGAUGGGUCAUUGCGUAGGAGUUUAGUGAUGAACGAAUCUGUUCCAUUUUGCAAAACUACAGAAAAAUUUGCGGCUACCACAUGACAUGUCUGCCAUGAAGCUAUCGCUACUCUUUGCCACCUCCAAUAUGGCGGCCAAUAACAUUCUCUUCCUUUUUAGCAGCCAUGUUCUUCAGAGAUCCAAGAUGGCCACUGGGAUAUUACUGCUUUGCAUUCAUUGCUUUCUUAUUGUAAGGAGUUCCCUUCCCCAGAGCAGUGGAAACCUGGUAUUGAGCAAGGAAAGUGUUUUUGGGAGUUUGUACAGCACUUACAGAUGUGCCAUCCUGGGUAUUUGUACCAACAUUGUGCAACUUGUAUUAGCAGUGUGUGUGAUACAUUACCCAGCAAUGUAUUGUCACUGGGCAGCAGAACUUGCUCCCCCACAGAGGAACUAGGAGACCCUUGAUGGUUUGGGGCAGUCGCUGCCUGGGGAACCACAUGUUUUGUGAUACAUACAGUGUUGAUAUCAGCCCAGUAUUUGAUUGUUCUUUGUUAACCUGUUACGUGAUUAACUCUUGUGGCAGUUUUUUCUAGAUAAUGAAUGAGAAGAACCAGACGUGGGUCAGUGAGAUUGUUCUCUUGGGGUUUCAGAAUCUCCUCAACUUCAAGGUUCCCCUGUUCUCUCUGUUCCUUCUGAUUUACAUUCUGACAGUUUGGGAGAACAUCCUCAUCAUAGUGUUGGUGGCCUUCAGCCGGAACCUCCACUCCCCCAUGUACUUCUUUCUCCAGCAGUUGGCCCUCUCUGACCUACAGGGCUCCACAAUUAUUGUCCCCACCCUGCUCCAAACUGUAAUGAAGGGAGGCACCAGAGUCUCCCUUGUUGGCUGCAUCUCUCAAUGGUAUUUUUUUUCCAGCUCUGAUGCGUUUCAGUGUUUGCUCCUAGCAGUAAUGGCCUAUGACAGAUACGUGGCCAUCUGCAUCCCCCUGAGAUACACUUCUAUAAUGUCCCACAGGGUUUGUGUUACAUUCAUUCUCAUGUCAUGGGCUGUUGGCUUUGGCCUUGCAGUGAUUACAGUGAAUCUAAUAGGGAUCCUAGAGUUCUGUGACCAAAAUAUCAUUGACCAUUUCUUCUGUGACUUCUUUCCUCUUAUAGAACUUUCCUGCUCAGAUACGUUCUUACUGCAAUUAGAAGCAUUUAUUGUCUCAGUCCCUGUAAUCUUUAUACCUUUUUUAGUUAUCAGUGUAUCAUAUAUGUGUAUUGCCCAUGCAAUCCUAAAGAUAGUGUCCCAUACCGGGAGGCAAAAAGCCUUCUCCACCUGCAGCUCCCACUUGGCCGUUGUCUCCAUGUUUUAUGGGACUAUAAUUUCUAUUUAUGUGGUUCCCCCCAGAAAAGAAUCCCAGACAAUAAGCAAAGUUCUCUCUCUGUUAUACACCAUAGUGAUCCCUUUGAGUAACCCACUAAUUUACAGCCUGAGAAAUAAAGACAUACAUGCUGCCCUUAUAUUGAUUAAACCCAUUAAUGUAAAUAAGUGAAUAUCGCCAUGUAUCUUCUCUACUGUAUCCCCAGUCCCUGCAGUUUCCCUAUACUGUGUGGCCUCUGUGUUUUCUGGAGACAAUAUUUCAGUAUCUGAUAUUGAACAUCUCGUAUAACCAACGGGUGGGGUGAACGCUCUUUCUGUUCUACCCAGUGAAAAAAAUUUUCAACUUCCAAGUUUAUGUAUUGGGCGGCCCAAUCAGCCUUAGAGCAAGUGAGGUGUAAAACCUGCCCCCACAUUUACCCCACAGGCCGGGCACCUAUAGCACAUUGCUGUCAGGAACAUUUAAUAAGGGGAUCAUUCUCCUGCAUAUGGUCUCCCUUAUCCUCUAUGUGUGUCAAACCCCCAACUACAGGGUUAUAUGUGGGGGAAACUGGGCAAAAACCUACAAUGGUGAAUGGUCCUCCAACACAAUCUCAAUGGAUCUCCCAGUAGCAAGGCACGUUUGUAGCAGUGAGACCAGUAUCAAUGAGCUGAGAGUCACUGUACUAAUGGGCAACUGUAAAGCACAACGGGAACAAAAGGAGUGAGAAAUGAAGUUCAUGCAAAAAUUCCCUUUAACAAGGACUCAACAGGGACAGAAGCUUAAUGGCAAGACUUCCAUCACCUCACAACUAGGUGUUAAUUAUAAAAACCUAUACAGAGGAUCCUGACUGAGGGAGGUUGAUCCUUAUCUGUAUGAGAGGCUGAUCAAUAUCUGUACGGGAGGCUGAUCAAUAUCCGUAUGGGAGGCUGAUCAAAAUCAGUAUGGGAGGCUGAUCAAUAUCCGUAUGGGAGGCUGAUCAUUAUCCGUAUGGGAGGCUGAUCAAUAUCCGUAUGGGAGGCUGAUCAAUAUCUGUAUGGGAGGCUGAUCAAUAUCUGUAUGGGAGGCUGAUCAAUAUCCGUAUAGGAGGCUGAUCAAUAUCCGUAUGGGAGGCUGAUCAAUAUCCAUAUGGGAGGCUGAUCAAUAUCCGUAUGGUUGGCUGAUCAAUAUCCGUAUGGGAGGCUGAUCAAUAUCUGUAUGGGAGGCUGAUCAAUAUCCGUAUGGGAGGCUGAUCAAUAUCCGUAUGGGAGGCUGAUCAAUAUCCGUAUGGGAGGCUGAUCAAUAUCUGUAUGGGUGGCUGAUCAAUAUCCGUAUGGGAGGCUGAUCAAUAUCUGUAUGGGAGGCUGAUCAAUAUCCAUGUGGAACCUCUGGCCCAAUUGACUACGAUUUGCCUGACUUUUUUGUGCCUCCCUUGGAAGUAUUUGCUGUUCCAGUAUUUCUGCCUCCAUAAGGCCGCUCCUGCCUCACUCUUGGGUGCCCUUCCCACUGGGGGGGGGGGCAGGAGAGGCAAAUCCUCAUUGUGGUUCCAAUGAACUGUGAGUACCUGACACUCUGCUAAUAGGGGGAGCACAGUGCGGAACGGACCUCCACUAUUACAGUUUGCUGCUCCGGCACCUGAUUGACUGGACUAGUGGAGCCACCCCCAUUUAAGAAAAAUCAUGUGACUACCAGACCAGCAAGUGCCAAUAUACAGUUAGUGUUCCUCACAACAGGCCAAUGGAUUCUUUGUAGCACUAAUCAUGGGGAUUCAUUAUGGUUCUGAAUCUCCUGGUCAGUAUGGAACUGGUCUUCUUAUGAUGGAACCUACAGAUCUG